CUGGCCCAAGUGGAGGGGAAGCAGCAGACCCUAUCCACUCCGGGCAAUGCCAGAGACCGAGCAAAGGCAGGCCUGGGCUGGCAGAGAGGUGGCCAGCCCUCGGGAGGGGAGGUGGCGGACUGUCGGGGAGAAGCAGCAGGUCACGCGGGGGCAAGAUGGCAGGUCCCGGGGUCGAGGUGGCAGGCCCUCCAGGAGGCAGGAUGGUGAAUCCACUGAAGCAACUACUAAACCAAAGAGAAGUUUUUAUGCUGCAAGAGAUUUGUACAAAUACCGACACCAGUACCCGCAGAACUUCAAAGACAUUCGAUAUCAAAAUGAUUUGAGCAAUCUUCGUUUUUAUAAGAACAAAAUUCCAUUUAAGCCAGAUGGUGUUUACAUUGAAGAAGUUCUAAAUAAGUGGCGAGGAGAUUACGAAAAGCUGGAGCACAACCACACCUACAUUCAGUGGCUGUUUCCCCUACGAGAGCAAGGCUUGAACUUUUACGCUAAAGAACUGACUACAUAUGAAAUUGAGGAGUUCAAAAAGACAAAAGAAGCUAUUAGAAGAUUCCUCCUGGCUUAUAAAAUGAUGCUGGAGUUUUUUGGAAUAAAAUUGAUUGAUAAAACAGGGAAUGUUGCUCGGGCUGUUAACUGGCAGGAAAGAUUUCAGCAUCUAAAUGAGUCUCAGCACAACUAUCUAAGAAUCACCCGUAUUCUUAAGAGCCUCGGUGAGCUGGGAUAUGAAAGUUUUAAAUCUCCUCUUGUAAAAUUUAUUCUUCAUGAGGCUCUUGUGGAAAACACCAUUCCCAACAUUAAGCAGAGCGCGCUGGAGUAUUUUGUUUAUACCAUCAGAGACAGGAGAGAAAGGAGAAAGCUCCUGCGGUUUGCCCAGAAACAUUACAGGCCUUCCGAGAACUUCAUCUGGGGGCCGCCGAGGAAGGAGCAGGCCGAGACGGGCAAGGGCCCGAAGCUGGCGGUCCCUCUCGGCUCCAGUCACAACGGGCAGACUUCUGUGCACAAAAAAGCCAAGGACUGCAAAAAUUCCUCCACAGCUGUUCACUUAAAUAGCAAAACAGCCGAAGAGAAGAAAGUGGCACCCAAAGAGCCUGGGGAAGAGACGGGGCGGCCCGGCCCAGAGCCCCGCACUGACCCCGCAAAGCCCACAAACCCCGAGGAUAGAGGGGCUGACAGUGCAGGUUCGCGGCCGGAACACACAGGGAGUAACCUUGCAGAAAACAGUGAGAGCUCUUCUCCCUCUGAAAAAGAGGAAGAGGGUGAAAACCAUGGCGAAGACGACAGAGAAGAGGCGCAGAGUACCAGCUGCCGUAAGGAGACUCCGUGACAGUGAACCCCCAGAAAGCCACAGCCCAGCUUAGGACAAGAGAGGGAAAAGCUAAGACUAUCUGAAGGAACGGGGACAAGGUCACAUUUCAGAUGUGAGCCCUCUGAUUGUGAUUUCCAUUGUUAACAUUUUGUUGUUGUUUUAUUUUGGAUGACAGUCGGAUAUUUAAUAAUUGUUUCAAGAUGAGAGCCAAUAAAUGAAUGUUUUAGGAUGUGAGUUCUCAAAUUCUCUCAAUGAUGCUGCUUCUAGGUAAUUUUCAAGAAGAAACCAUGUAGUAGUUGGUUUAUCUGAUGUUUUGAGAGAUUAAUCUCCAUGAAGAAAAUCAAUAGAAUAAUUUCAUUACAUCACUACACCUUUUCCCCUGAUUUGUAGAUUAAUUUUUGAAGCUGAGAGAAAGAGUUUUGGUCUUCUCAAAUAUAUUCAGAAAAUAAUUUGGAUUCUUUGACUGCACCUCAUUGUGCUUAUUUUUAGUGUGAUAAACAGAAUGGAUGUCCCUGGAAAUCUCUGACCUACCCUGCUCACUUGGUGGCGCUGUCUCCCCCAUUUGCCCCCCCCAUCAUCAGCCUCCAUCUUUGAUAUCGACAUCUAAAUGGAGUAGAGGGACUUUUUACUGUAUGAUUUUAGAAAUUUUUUUUGUUUAAAAUAAUAGUGUUUUCUCUAUUAAGUGCUUGAAAACAAAUUUUGGUGCAAGAGUUAAAAAAAAUAUUUUGCUUUCUGUGGCUAUUCCAUAUAAUUUUGGUGGUUGCUUCUAGAUGUAGGUGACUGAAACAUUAAAAACUGAGAAGGGGAAUCAUUCAAAAAAAAUUUUUAAAGGCAUGUCUCGUACUAUCAAUAGUAGUCCCUUAAAUUACUAAAAUAUCCGUGUUCUGUGGAAUUAUGAAUUUACUAAUGUUGCUUUGUUCACAGUGUUUCUUCAAAUAUAUAUAUAAUGCAAGUUUACAUCAUCAAACUUUGAAAUUGAGAACAGUUUGAAAUUCCAUGUACUCAUUUCUAAUGAGUACUUAAUAUGUUACAUAGCAUUGGUCAUACUCAGUUUUAUUUCCUACCACAUUAUUCCUAAUUCAUUGGAAAUGAGAAAAAUCAAACAUUGUGAUGAGAGCUGCAAAAUUUACAUACAAAUAUAGACAAUGAAUAGAUAAGGCAUUUUCACUUUAUUUCAUUUAGAACAGAAUAGACCCGUUUUUUGAUCUCUCAGGCUUUUAAGAAAAAUUUUAUUUACCUUAACCCCUUAAGAAAUUUUUUGCCCAUAUUAGGUAAUGAACUCAGGACACACACUGAGCUACAUCCUCCCCCUCCCCCGCUUUUUUUUAAACAGUCUAAGUGGCUUGUUACCAGGUUGGAACUUGCAAUCCUCCUGCCUCAGCCUCCCAGCACUCUCAGAUUAGGGCAUGUGCCACCAUGCCUAGCAAGCAUUUUUAAAAUGACCUAUUUUGUAUCACAUUAUCAUCUUUGGUUGCCUUUAUCAACCCACACAUUCACAGGGGAUUUCUAAAAAAAUAGUUAACACUGAGAGGCGAAUUGGGGUUUUAUUGCUUUGAAAUGUAUACAAAACCAUCCCAUUUGCUUAACCUUGGCUUUUUUAUGUGAGUCAGUAGCAAUCACAUAGCAUAUACCAUAUUCCAAUAAGUAGAUAUAGAACGCUUGAUCAUUUUUAGUUGUCAUGAUAUGUCAAUUUUUGCUUUAUGCUAUUUAUACCGUUUGAUUUAACAAUCUAGGUUUGCAUUUCAGUCUCUUACCUGUAAGAAACACAUGGACCCUUUUAAGUGGUGCUCAUCACCACGUCCCCCAGAUCUCAGUGAGGUUUCCCAGGAUUACGGGAUGUCUGUAUAUUGUCCGAUUGGGCUGGAUUGUAAUUCAGAAUGUCUUACAAAUUUCUCAUAUAGGACAGAUGUUCAGACCACUUUCUGAUCAUUUAAUAUUACAUACAUAUGAUCCAAUACUAUUAAUAAACAGUUACCAGACAUAAUUUCAACUACUUAUAAAUUGCUACAUAGCACAGCCCUUGGAGGUAAAAGCCUUUCAUUUAACAACUGAGCUUUUAGAACAUUUUUUAGGGAUUCUGUUAGGUCAUACCAUUUAACAUGAAAAUAUUUUGUCUCAAGGGUAGAACUGCCCAGCUUCCAUAUAAAAUAGUGGCCUUUUCCUUCAUGAUGUUUUAAAAAUGCAUAUUCAUAUCUGUUACUGUGUUUCCUACAUGUAAUCUGUAAAUAGAAUUAUUUAGUGGAGAACAAGGAAGGGGAUGCCAUUUCUUUUGCAGGUAGAAGUUUUUCUAUUAAGAAUACUUUGUACAUUUAAUAGUUUUUUAAAUAAGAUCUGUAGAAUGUAUUUAUGUGUCUUAGAUAAGAAACUGGCCUCCAGAUUUAACUCCUAUGUUUUAUAUUUUCAGAAACUACCACAUGCUUGCCAAAAUUUGCAGAGAACAUGUUAUAGAAAAUGCAGUGAGCAUGGCCAAAUAGCUAGAAAUAUAUUGAAUAUUUGCAAAUAUAUAGUCUUCACUGUUGUUCUACAGGUUGCGAAGUUACUAAAUAUUGGCUAUUGAUAACAUAAUAACUUGCAUAUCAUGGCAAAUAGAUAUAUUGUCUGAUCGGUCUAAUACAUUUCUAGUGUUUUGUGCUUUCAUAAUCAAAGAUCACAUAUGUGAAAUUAUUUUGACAUAAGAUAUAUUUCUGUAUAGUAGAGGGGUUUCUAACAUUGAGAUUAUUGUAACAUUACACAUUUUCAAGCUCAGUCUCAAGAAAUGCAGAGUAUUUGUGAUGGAAAUGAAGAUCUAUCUGCUCUCGCUGAAUCAAGUCUAAUUGUCAGUUAAAACUUCUGUUGUUUUGUUUAAGGUGAAACUUUUUUCCAGGUUCAAGGAUAAGAUAAAGCUACAACGCAGGAGUUCUUAGGGAAGUUCUAAGAGUUUUUGCUCAGUUGGAAAAGCAUAAUCAUAUAAAAAUGCCAUAAAACCUGUCAUACUCGUUUUGUGUCUUAUAGAAAAUGAACUAUUGGGCUUCUAGCUUUUAAACUUUAAUCUGAGUGGGAGUAUGACCUGGUGAAAAGGGGAAAACAGUACAGUGCUACAUCUGAGUCUUACAAAUUCAUUUUGGGAAAUAAACUUCAUCAAUUGUUCAAAAAUUGUUUAGAUUUAUGGGUAGAGAAUAUUUGGUUAAUUGUUUUACUAUGAAAUUUCCCAAGUUUAUAAGUACAGUUACGACUGAGUACCAUGCACUUAGUAACUAAGUCAAGCAAUUUUUUAAAACUAUAGUUGAGGCUCUCCUAAAAGUCUGUAUUUUAUAACCCAAGAAAAAAAGAUGCUCUAGAUUUUGCUUAAUUAUACCUCCAGGGCUUUAGUAUCUGUUUGGGGUGAGUAGGAAAUCCCUUGUCGCAAGGAUGGUUUUGAAGAUCUCUAUUUUGUUUUUCGCUUAGAAAAUACUCCUUUCCCUGUGGGGCCUAUGUGUUACAAAUAAGGUAGGAUGGAAUUAGAAAUGCUAGCAUCGUUUUAAGUGUGGGUGCAGUUGUAGAGAAACAUGGCCUGAAUCAGUAUUGGACCUAGGAAGUUAGGCGCAUGCGUCUGCUGACUACUUCUAGCUUUGAGUUCUGUGCUGCUUUUAAAGGAACAGAUUUGUGUGAAUUGUCUCUAGGGUGACAGUGAGUAUUUCCCUGCCUCCUGCCUGUUCUGGUUACCAACCCACCCAGCAGAUUGUGUUCAGGGACAGACUGUUUUAUGAAUAAUUAUAUAGUUAUGUGAGUGCCUGGAGGUGUCCAGUUGUGCCUUUAUGAAUGUAAGGGGUUUUCAUUCAGAAGUUCACAUUUGUACUCAUUGUGAAAGCUUGUCGUAAGGAGCUUUGGGAACCAUGGACAUCAGUUAUGUUGGUAACAUUUACCUUGGUGCUUUAUUAUUUUGGAACAGUUGUAAUUUGAGACAAGAGCACUGGUUCACGGAGACGUAUACUCACCGCAUUAUCAGCAAUGUGUUAUAUUUGACAAAGACAGGGCUUAGAGUAGGAAAGAUUACCUUGUGUGGUUACAUUGAGGCUUUUUCUUAGUUUUGGUAUGCACUGUAAUUUUCACUUUAAGCAUUUUAGUCACUGAAAGUAAUAUUUAUCUUUUACUUCUUGUUCUUUAAUGCAUAUAGACGCAAAAGUGGUAUGAGAAAAACUAUUAAAAUUUUAAUUCUAGUAGAUACUUGGAGCAAUCUAAAAUUAAUUUGAGAAACUUUUAUGCUGUAAUCUCACUAGGACUAUGAAAAGCCCUGUUCUUGCGUUUAUCCUAGAUUAGAGAAAGUGUUCCUUGUCUUCUACUUUUUUGUAUUCUCUUGUGAAGUUUGUCUCAGCUACCUGUGGGGAAAACUUCGUUCUUUGCUUGUUUUCUUGAAUUAAAGUUUUCAUGUGGACAAUCCAAUAAAGUGCUUUGUAUCACGGCCCAAACCUCUGUUGGAAGUAGAGGGCGGAGAGGGAAAAGUUGGUUGAGUGUGGGUGGGUGUCAGGGCCUACUCCGGACCUGGACCUACCCGCUCCUCUGGCACCAUGUUGCUCAGCCUUCUGGGGCCGUGAGGAUGCUGGGCCUAAGAUCUCCCAGUUCUGGGGACAAAGGUCACCAUGGACUCCACACACAAUUUGAACAGCUGUCCAUUUUCACAGAAUAUCUGCUGUCAUUUACUUGCCACCAUUUUGUAGUUGUUUAGAAAAGUAUGAGCAAUUGGGCAUCUGCUAUGUAAAUUACCCGUCUAUCUUUAAAGCUAUCAUGGAAACAUUAAAUUACCACCAUCCCUAGAGUUCUUAUGCAAAAUUUGUUUUGGGCUG